GCCGUAUCCUUGGUUGCCUUUGUCGUCGGACGUUGGUCGUCCGCGAUGCCAAGCGCCGAGCCCAGCUCUCGCAAACUGAGCCAUCGGAUCAAGCCAGCACUCACAGGUGCAUAUUUGGCCAAGUGGUUUCGCGUGAUGAGCAACUUUUGUGCGAUACUACUCAUCCUGGCCACGGCCGGGCUCGUGCUCAUAUUGCUCAAGCAAGGCAUGUUCUAUAGCACCAACAUGUCUUACUACAACCAAGACCAGUGGAUAUCCUAUGGCCAAACCUGCCGGCUAACGUACGCUUCGGGCUUUGUGCCGAACUCGUGCUCGUUUGCCGAAGUCAACGUGACAGGUGCGGUGGCGUGGAGUAGCGUCGGCCGGCAAUUGGGCGCGGACGUCCUCGUAUCCAACCAGUCGGUCGUGGCCUUCGUGACCACGUGCUAUAUCACGGGCAUCGGGCGAUGGGGGACUUUGUACUUGUUGGUGGGGGACGCCGAGUUCCCCCAGUGUAAUCCACAGGGCAGUCAAGAAGUGCUGGGCAUGACCACACUUGAAACGGUGGGGACCCCCGAGUACCCCGACGGCGCGUUCCUCCUAAGCACGUGCUCGGACGCGAUUCCGUCCCGACCCGCCUCAGUCGUCGAGACCAACGGGAUGGUGCGAGGGGUUUCGGCGUCGAUUUCAAAGGUGUUUGUGUCGGCAAGUGAUGGACGGACAGAAGUCGCGACGUGGGACCAGCCCAACUAUAUUGCGACCGUGAACAGCUUAAACCGGCUGUACUUGAUGCGUGUGUGGGUCGUGGCCCACUGUGUGGACAUGCUGGACGCGGAAAUCCAGGCUUUGCUCGGCUACAGCAUUGGCAAAACGUCCCGAAAAGUGCUCAGCAUUGGCUGGGAAAACAGCCAUGACGUGGACAACCAGGCCAUGCUCAUCGUGUUCCAGCUCUUCAUGUGUUUUGCGUCGCUGGCGUUGCUUAGCAACGAUGGCCUCAUCACCCUCGAAGGGCUCUCGGGGCUGCUGCAAAACAAACCCGUGCUAACGUACGACAUGAUUGCAUCGUUGGAGCGCCGCAAGCUUCUGCUGCUUGCGUUCGUCGGCACGUUCCUCUUCUCGCCGUUGUAUGUAGACGUAUUGCGGUACACUUAUGGCAUUGAGGGGCACCAUUACUGGAGCAUGUCUUUCCUCAUGAUGGCCGUGAUGAUGGCGCUAUCAUGGAUGGCUAUUCUCACCCUCGUGCAAGCCGUGCCCGUUCCAUCUCCAUGGAGGAACCGUCCCCUUUGCUAUUCCGCACCAGUGUUUAUCUAUUGCACCGUGAUCUUGUUUGUCGGUGUUGAGCUGGCCAAGGGACGGGGGCCGACGCAGGCAGCCGACUUUUGGACAUACAUUGCCCCGACGUUGGAGCUGUGUAUUAACGGAAGUAUGUGGACAUCUGGGGCGUACGUGAUCGAAAGUGAUGUUGGCAUCACGCCCGUGAUUUACAUCGUCCUGCCCGACUUGGUUGUGUGCAUGGUCGUGGCGUGGGUGCUAUCGAUACUGGCACACAGGCUAUCGUGGGGCCGCUGUUUGCUAAACACGGCGUGGACGAGCCAAAAUGCGUUUCUGAACGAACUGACCACGCCGCAGUGGGUCACGAGCCUCGAUUUGGACGAAGCAAACGCGAUUUCCAUCGGUAACAAACGGUACUGCAAGCCCAGCUUGAUGGUGCUGUUGGGGUACUGCACAGUGCUCGACAAGUCGGGGGACAAAGUGGCGAGGGACGUGGCGGUCAGCUGCUCCAGCCGCGAAAGUAGCAGUACCGUGGACGUCGGGCGAGAGUCGCAUCUGGCAGCAGGCAACCUGAAGCCGGCGUCCAAACCUUGUCAAGAGACACACGCCCAAUACAUGGUCGUGAGCAUCUACGAUCUUGUGCCGACGAUCACGUCAUGGCUACGACAUCUGUACCAGCCCAAGGUCGUUGGUACGAUCCAUCAAAACAAAUUUGACCUGUGCAAGAGCACCACGCGGGUGAGUAAACCGACCUUGUACCAGUAUAGUCGAGGGGACUGUUGUGGUUGAGCUAACGUUACUACAGUACUUAGUAUAUACUACUAUGAACACGGAGACCUGUUGACACCAACG